AUGUCAACGAACGCCUCAAACGAAUGCGAAAUCGAACGUCUCAAAAAGAAACUGCAAUAUGUCACUGCCGCAGCCAAGGAGAAGGCCGAAGAGCUGCAAAUCGUUAGAGAAGAGAGAGAUCGACUGGAGAAGGCGUAUCGCGAGAAAUCGAAGCAGCUGGAUCAACUGAAAGAACUGGCUGAAACAUUUGACACGAGAAUGAACCGAAUGCGGUUGGAGCUGCAGGAGGCUACUGAUAAGCUAAUGAACUCAGAAACGGCUCGCAAAGCGCUCCGGGCGGAGCUCACUAAGCUCCAGCAAGAGCUCCAGUUCGGAGCCGAGCAGAUGCGACGUAAAACGGACGAAUUCAAUACGGCCAUCGAAGAUCUAUCGAAUGCACACAGACAGGCCGAGGACGGUCGUGUGAAUGCACUGCAGGAACUGGAGAACAAUAAAUAUGAAUUGAAUGACUUGAAGGUUAUUUUUUACCGAGUUGAGGUUUUUUCGGUUUUUUAUUACCGCUUUUUACCGGUUUCUGGAGUUGGAAAAUAA